CAUUUAUAAAACAUAAGAAACUCCUUUAGGCUCUUCGACCCUUUUAUAAGAGAGCGAAACUAUUAUUCUCUAACGUCCAUCGGUGUAUACAUCCUUUUCUGAGUUACCAACUAAAGAUGGGAAGAUUACCUUGCUGUGACAAGAAUGGAGUGAAGAAAGGUCCAUGGACUCCUGAGGAGGAUCAGAAACUCAUCGACUAUAUACGAGUUCAUGGUCCCAGCAACUGGCGCAUUCUCCCUAAAAAUGCUGGACUCCAAAGAUGUGGAAAAAGCUGCCGUCUUCGAUGGACUAAUUAUCUAAGACCGGACAUCAAGAGGGGAAGAUUCUCCUUCGAGGAAGAAGAAACUAUCAUUCAGCUACACAGUGUUAUGGGAAACAAGUGGUCCGCAAUAGCAGCUCGUCUACCAGGAAGGACUGACAACGAAAUUAAAAACCAUUGGAACACUCACAUCCGCAAGCGGCUUGUAAGGAGUGGCAUCGACCCUGUAACUCACUCCCCGCGUCUUGAUCUUCUUGAUUUGUCCUCACUUCUAGCCGCGAUUUUAAACCAACCAAACUUUUCAUCAGUAGCAACACAUGCAUCGUCUCUGCUUAAUCCUGAUGUAUUGAGGUUGGCUUCUCUUCUCUUGCCCCCUCAACAGCCACUUCCAAACCCUAAUACACUUUACGCAUCGAACCUCGACCAAAAUCUUCAAACUCCAAACACAUCAGUAUCGUCUCAAGACACUCAACCACAAGCCGAGUGUACAACUCCAACAACGGACGAAACUUCAUAUUUUGAGCCUGUGAACGCAAGACUCGAGGUCGGUCCUUCGGAUGUAUUACCACCUCUGUCAGAGAGUUUGGACUUAGACUCACUCAUGUCAACGCCAAAUUAUUCUCCACAACAAAAUAACAUUGAAGCAGAAGCCAACUCCAGCAGUUUAUUCGACUUUGGGUUUCCGGAUAAUAUUACCUUUGAUGACUUUAUGGGGUUACUUUAAUUAUCAACAUAUGCAUAUCUCUACACAUAUCUCCCACCUAUGAUUCAUGUUUUGUUGCAUUCUUUUUAUGGUUUAAUGUAUAAACUUAUUGUUUUCCGUCAAAGAUAGAUAUAUUU